AUGUACGACUUUCGCUUCCCAAUUCCUCCUCUGAAAGAAGGAGAUGAGGAGGAGGAGAAAGUACGGCAUUCCUCCAGAGGAAGAAGAGGGGAGAAAGAGGAGGGGGAGGAGGAAGUACGGCAUUCCUCUAGUGGAAGAAGAGGGGAGAAAGAGGAGGGGGAGGAGGAAGUACGGCAUUCCUCCAGUAGAAGAAGAGUGGAGAAAGAGAAGGAGGAGGAAGAAGUACGGCAUUCCUCCAAUGGAAGAAGAGUAGAGGAGGAGAAGGAAUACGGCUUCCUCCUAGUGGAAAAGAAGGAGGGGAGAAAAGAAGGGGGAGGGGGGAGGAGGAAGUACGGCAUUCCUCCAGUAGAAGAAGAGUGGAGAAAGAGAAGGAGGAGGAAGAAGUACGGCAUUCCUCCAAUGGAAGAAGAGGGGUGA